CAGGCCCAGCCGUUCCGGAAAUAUUGAUAGAAGCAGGCAACGACGAGGAAACAAUGCUUUUUGCUUUCUACAACCGUUUGGAGAAUGCACGACUUGAGGAUCUCAGACCCAAGGGGACAGACAGAAGUCUCAGGCAACGGUCUCUCUGUAAUCAUCGCCGGGAAAAUAUCAUGGUCAUUUUGAGUUCAGAUUUAGACAACAUGUGGUCUAUGCAAUAUAUCCAUAUAUGGAUCAAUGCUAUGGACUAUUCUCAACCUAUGGACCUCAAAUUUCACUUAAAUGUGUCUUAUUCAUGUAGUCAAGGCUGGUGCAUUAAAGUCCUGCAGCAACACGCGAGCAGUGGCGGUGCCAGCACGGGGUCAUUGGUUGUCAUUGACCCCAAUAACUUUAAAAACUCUAUGUAUAUUUGCUUGUAUAUUGUAUUUGACCCCAACAAACAACUAAGGCAAACUAAAUUACGACAUCCUCGUCCCACUUCUAUUUUCUUCUAUCAUAUUUGUCUUCUUUUUCUCUCUUCUUGUAUGAAAUCAUUUAGUUGAAAAGCAUUGAAAGUCUUCAACAUUACUUCACAGUAUCUUACAUCCACCCUCGACAAGCAUGUACAAGUAAUAGUAGUCGUCGACAUAUGUUGAUAUAAAAUUUUGGCAUGUGUUGGCAAGAAUUCGCAGGUGCCUAUUAGAUGCUCGACGAAAUGACCCAAUGAAGUUUUUUGGUUGAUAUUAUAACCCCGUUAUUUGAAAAUCCUGGCUACGCCACUGUGCACGGGCAUAUUUUCUAGUACAUACUAUUUCUAGAAAUAUACCAAAGUAACUCACACUAUUUUUGAAAUUAAACUAAAAUAGCACAUUAUAUUUCUAGAACUACUAGAAAAUUACUCACUAUUUAUGAAAUAAUCGCAAAAAAAAAAUUAAAAAAUAAAUAAAUUUGAUAUAAAAUCUCAGCUUAGUCCCUGUAUAUCUUUGAAUCUUAUGAGGCAAGGUCCAAAAGAAACAACAAUAUGUAAUAAAUUCAAAAUUAACUGUACGAGUUCGAGGAUGAUGCUAUAAAGAUGACCGUAACUUUACUUAUAACUUAUAUAUAGAUGCCUCCCCAGUUCCCAAUUGCAAAUUACGGUGGUCAAAAUCAUAAUUGAUAUAUUAGGGUCGAAAAAACAAAAAUGAGGGGCCAGUUGUAAAUAAUAAAUCACCCAUCAGUCGACAUGCAUCAGGCCAUACACGAUAUGCAUAAUUUACGACUUUUUACCUUGAUACGGAUUUCAAUUAUUCUCUAUUAUUGAUUGUUGAGCUUUAUGAAUAUAUUGUUCAAUUUUU